AAUCCAGGAACAGUGCUUGAACAAUGCACUUUUGAUUUCUACCACUAGAUGGUGUUAAAUUAUUUCCCACUGCAGGGAUCUGCCUCGUUUUAACAAACAGCUCCUCCUCAGCACAAAUCAGCAAAAUGCACCACAAUACUCUGCAGACAAAUGAUGUUUUGUCAUGCAAAAGUGUCAUCAUCUUCUGGUCUGCUGAAGGGGUUAUUGUUCAGACUAUACCCGUCUGAGGUUUUGAAGGGUCUGUUGAUGUUUCAGAUGUUUGAUGGCAGAAGUGACAGUCACUGUUUUCAGUCUCUGUACCCAGUGGUCAGCUUAGCAAGAGCCACAAAACAGACAAACAUUAUUGUCUCAGUUGCAUCAAGGAAUGUGAAUUGUUUUCAAAGCGUCCGUGUGUCUGCGUACAAUACGUACAAUGAUUUAUGGAUGGGGGAUUAUGGGUUGUAAUGUGAUGUGGUCACAGUGCCAAUGAGAGAGGGUAAUUUAGGGGUUUUAUAGGAGAUCAUUGUUCCUUCACAAUUUUUGUCCUUUAUUGUCCAUGGUGGCAAAAUGUCAUCCACUUCCUUAAAAUGAAAAUGCAAAUAUCAAACACAGGGGAAGAGAGAGAGAAAACUACAAUGGAAAAAAGAAGACAAAGGAAACACUGUCAUUUCCAUUGGUUUGAUAUAUCAUGGAUGAGUGGGCAUUACAAAAAAGGUAUCAAAGAAAAAUAUCAUCAGGAAGAGAGAGACAGACACAGGGAGACUUAAAAAUGAAAGAAGUGAAGCUUGGUUUGAUUCACACAAUGACCAGAGCCAAUAGGAUAAACCCUCCCAGUCUUGAGGAGGGAAGGGGGUGGUGGGGAUUCAAACUAAGGCAGGCUUUACAGUGAGUCAAACACUCUCAAAGACAGGCUACAGACAGUCUCUGCAGCACUAAGAUAUGGGCUUACUGUGACUGAAACCUGGAGCUUCUCUCUUAAACCUAAAAACAAAAAAAGACUAAAAAGAGAAAGUUAGACAUAGAGAGGAACUAAGAAAGAGAUACAGCUUGUCCAGGAAGAUGGAAAACUGACCGUAUCCAAGACCUUGACUCUUUAGUGGUGGGGAAAAAAGAGGAGCAAGGACAAGCCUGAGGAUACUACAGAUUAUGUUGCCAUGGAAACCAAAACCUGGAAGCGGACGCAAGGACCACUGAAGGUGGACAACUUCCCUUGACUGCAUCCUCGACACGUUACUGUCCGGCUGCACACUGUGGUGAGAGAAUGCUGUGGAGAAUAACUAUCCCAGUCAUACUGGCUGGGGUGCUCUGCAUCACAGCAGAGACCAAAAAGCCCCGGCCCCAGGGAUCCAUCCCAUCCCCACACAAGACCAAAGGGAACCUCUCUUCAGAACGUCACCACCGGCUAUUGCAGCAGAAACCAGAGGUUCUAUCCUCAAGUCGGGAGGCCUUGGUAGUCACAGAGCGCCGCUACCUCCGCAGAGACUGGUGCAAGACCCAACCCCUUCGUCAGACAAUCAGCGAGGAGGGCUGCCGCAGCCGCACUGUGGUAAACCGUUUUUGCUAUGGCCAGUGUAACUCCUUCUACAUCCCCCGCCAUAUGGGCCCCAGCUCGGGUCAGGGCCAGAGUCGAGGCCAAGCCUCAGGCUCUGGAAGGAAGAGCCACAACAAGGCCCAGGAGCCGUUCCAGUCGUGCUCCUUCUGCAGGCCACACCGCAUAACACAGCUCACAGUGCAGCUGGACUGCCCAGACCUGCAGCCACCUUUCAGACACCGUAAGGUGCAGAGGGUCAAACAGUGUCGCUGCAUGUCUGUGGAUGUGGGCGGCCAUGGGAAACUGUGAAGAAGAAAAGGUCUUUUAAGUGACAUCAUAUGAGUAUUGUCAAAGGCAGAUAUUGAGAAACUUUGCCAAACAAGGACUGGCUUCAAGCUGAACUAUUCUGCAUCGUGUUGUACAAAUAAUGACUUGUCCCAUAAUGAAAUGACAAGAAACACGGAACAAAGGCUCAACGUUGAUUUAAUGAGAGACUAGCAGCCAUGUUGGCAAGCUGAUGCUGCUGAAAGAGACUGAUUCAAGUUGUUGUGCAAGAGACACUGAUGAUUAAGCAGCCAAUAUUCAACAUUAAACAAGUUUUUCAUCCCUGUUAUUUCAAAACAUUCAUAUCCACCAUAUGCCACAAGACACCUUUGUGAAAAAAGAGUUAAGGAAGUGCCUCUGAGUUUUAUAACUUAAAAUUAUGAACACUGCUGAUAAUUGAGUGUCUUUAAGAAACUAAACUGUAGAAAUAGAGUGACCACUUUAAAAGGUUUCUGUAAUAUGACAUGUUUUUGUGCAGGUGGUUCUACAGUAAUUACACAGUUUGCCAGCAAUGAUUUUACCUGUAGGAGAUGUUGAUGGUGUUUUAAAUGUGUUUUGUCAGUUAUCUUGUAUCUUUUCCUUAAUCGUUGAUGUCCCAAACCAUACACAAGUUGAUGUAAAGGAAAAGAUUUUAAGGAACAUGAAGCAACACAGCAAUGACCAGUGGCAUCCACCUGCUUGGACACAAGCAUGGCUGUAUACUGUACAUUUGCUACAAAUAUACUAGCCAGUAGGAAAAACAUACUGCAGCAUGUGUAAUGGAGGUGCAAUGCAAUAUAUACAGUAUAUAUAUUUUAUGUAUGUAUGUGUGUAUGUAUGUAUGUGAAAAGUAUAUUAAAUCUAUUUCAUAUAAAAA